AUGCCUGGGGAGUGCCCGUCGCUUUGGGAACUGGUGGAGGAGCACGUGCCGCUCCCGGAGCGGCCCGAAGUGAAGAGGAUUCUGGGGGAGACGAUGGUGGACCUGAGCCUGGAGCUGCGGGCGGAGGUGGUGAUGUUACAGUCUCUGCUCCGAGAGGCGCGAUCCUCCCGAGCCCCAGCCCCCGGCUCCCGCCCCACCUCUGACCCCUCCUCCCUCCUGGCACCACCGCCCCUGCUGAGAGACCUCGUGCGCCAGGAACUGCGGCAGCUGCUCCAAGGUCUCCGCCAGAAGGCCAUCUAUGAGGGCAGGGACCAGACCCAAGCUUGGGUCCAGUAUAGCCCCAGGGUGCUGCGCUUUGCCUUGGAGGAGCCCAGGUGUGACUUGCCAGCACAGGAGACGUUCCAGAUGCCAGUUGGUGAGCCCAGCAGUCAUAGAGGCCUCAGUCUCAUCAAGGACCGACUGGACAUGUCCAACAUUGACCAGGUUGCCAGACACCUGCGGGGCCUCCUGGAGGAGGAGUGUCACACCUUGGAGAGGGAGAUCCCCGUCCUGCAGCGCCGCCUGGAAGAGGAGUGCACCAGGGCACGCCGGGCCUCUGAAGCAACCCUAGAGCCCACCCUGGCAGAGCUACAGGAACAGAAGGCAGCCAUGCAACAGGAGCUGCAGGCACCGCUGCGGCUCUCCUGUGUCUCCUCCAGCCACAGGCAGCAGCCCGUGGGGCCCUCCAGCCAGGGCCUCCGAUCCUUGCCUCGCCUCCGCGGAGCCGCUGGAGUUUGGGCAAGGCCUCUCCAGUGCCACCUACCUGCUCCUCCUCUGGAACGCAGGCCUCAGGGCCUGGCUGCCACCUGCCGCUGGGGACGGAGGCUCCAGUGCAGCCCCGGGAAAAGGCCAGCUUCCACCUCAGUGUCCAGUGCAGUGCCCCAGGCCCCAUCCUGACAGCUGGUCACCAAGUGGGCUUUGGCUUCGGGAACUCGCCCCACCUGCUGCUGCCACCUCUCAGUUGCCAUGGCCUAGCCUGCUUCAG